AUGAGAGAUGCAUUUUAUGUGAAAGCAUCAUCAUGGGAUACGCAAGGCUUAUUGGACGUGUUUACCAGUAGAAUGAAUAUGAAGAAACGUACCCUGACAGAACCUCAAAAUGAAUCUGUUAUGGCCGCCAUCACGCAGUGCCCUCUACCGAUGUAUGCAACAUCCACAGCAAAGAUAGCCUGCACCUGGGGAGCUCUGACUGAAGUCAAAGAAGACGAUCUACCGUCUUCCUUGGAGGGAAUCGUCAACAAACUGUUUGACCAUCUAGAACGAUGCAUUCCACCAAACUGCUUCUCGGCUAUGAUGUCUUAUAUUACGCUAUCUAUAGGCGGCAUUAGCAAAUGGGAAAUGGCUGAUUUGAUAUCCGUCAAUGAUUCUGUGUUGACAUCUAUUUACUCCGAUGUAAAACAUCCACCAAUUCACAGAGCUCCGCCUAUAUUGUGGAAACUGAUCACAUUCUAUCUCAGAAACCACCUCAACAUGUUUCUUUCUAUGCGUUUUUAUACCUAUUCAUGGACCAGUAAUUCUUUCAGGAAACUUGCAGCAUUAAGAUAUGCGGUUAGUGCGACAGCGUCUAAAAAGUUGCACACGGAAAUGUGCGACUAUUUUCUGGGUCGCUGGGCAUGCAAGAAAAUCUCAGGUUCCGGUGCAGAAGGAGAAAAGAGACACUUGCAAGAACGUUUUGUCAUGCCACAACCAGAUGCCUUUGGGAAACACUUGAAUGUUCGUAAAUUCAUGUGCUUGCCGUUUCACGUCAUGCACGCUAGCAGUAAACAUGCACACACCUUAGAAACAUACAUUUUCAACCUGCCGUGGGUUGAAAAGAAACUGGAUUCCACUUCUGUCCCACAAGUUGUCUGUGAUCUUGAGCACGCGAAACUUCUAGAUUCGAUUUGCAGUGGGAAAAUUAAAGCUCUACAACAAGCAGUACUUCAGUCAUUCUGUGUACUUCAAGUUCAGGGAAGACAAAUCUACAAAUGUCUUCAACAUCUCAUGACAUACACAUCUGAACCUAACGAUCACGACGACAAAUCCCAGUCGAAAUCAAACAAUGGAUUAACGAAACUGUUAGCUUGGUUUUCUCGUCCUCCUGUACCUUUACUGCACACACUCGACUGCAGCAAUGUUUCUCUGUCUCAGAUUUCAAACUCCUCAACGUCUGUACCCUUCGUUGAUGCAAUAGUCCCUGUAUCAAAUGACGUACAUGAAGCUCACAUAAUUUACACACUUUCAUCACAAAAUGAAAUACGAGUGAUAAAUGUUGUAACAAAUCAGGUAGUUAGGACAUUACGAGGUGUGGAUGCUCCUAAACAUGUGAUCAUGCUGGAUUCAACCAGAGCGGUUGUUCUGUGUAAUCGUGAACUCGCGGUCAUUGACCUGGACAGAGGAGUGCUCCUAAUGAAACUCAGGGGUGUUCUCAAUCUACGUAUGCCAUUCUUCGGUCUCCAGUGUGACCAGAAAGUUGUAGCUCUUUCCCGAGACAGAAUGGUAGUAAAUAUUUUAGACAUUAGCACUGGAGGAAUUGUGGCAACAUUCAAGGCAGGCGAAACGAGAUUUCUAGACAGUCUGAUCAUCAGUGGCGAUGGCAAAAUAUUGGUGUGUGGCGACGAGACACAGAAACCCUUCCCUCUGCUGGUGUGGAGUCUGGAACAAUCCAAGCUGCUGCAUGACAUCAGGAUGCCCCAGCACGAAUUCAUCACACAACAUGCAGAUAUCACCCACAAUGGGCAGUAUCUGGCUUGUUUAUGUAGGGAAAUUACGGAUUCAACAUCGAACUUCGUUGUGGUGUAUGACCUCGUCAGCGGCCACUUGUUCAAAAAGUUCAAGAUGAAUGGCGCCUGUACGACUGUCAGCUUAGCCUCAAAGACAAUGAGUGUUAUCGUGGCUCUAGAUACGGGUCAGCUCGCAGUCUGGGAUCUUGUUCUUGGAAGCCACAAAUUUCUCAUUGACGGUGCACCAGUUGCUAUCAACAAUAUCCGCCUCACGCCUGAUGAAAGUAUGUGCUUGACAACACACAGAGAAGACAGCUCAAUCAGCUCCCACACUCUUAGUUUAUGGAAUCUCAACGCAGGUCAUUUUGAAGCCUGUCACACAUUUGACUGUCCCAUCACCUGUGCCCAGUUUACCCCAGAUGGACACAUGAUCUUAGCAGGGAUAAAGGGUCACCCGUAUCCAAUCAGACUGCUCUACGUCCCUGAAGGCAAAGAUCUGACCAUAACAAAGGCUCAAUGGGAGAAGGAGAAAGAUGCUGCAAAUGCUGUUUUUGGUGAUGUCUCCAGGAAGGAAUUAGUGAUAAAUAUGGCCAUGGAAGCUACAUAA